AUGACUCAUAUUUUUGUGAACUUUCCAGAUGCAUGUUGGACCUCUGUAAAGAUUGGAAAUUGGGACCAAUUCUGUGAAGUCUUUUACUGGGUCAAGCUGUGUGUCAAUUUUGAGAAGUCAGCUCCACAAGAGAAAUGGUAUUUUGAAUUUAUGGCAAUAGAGGUGUAUGCAAAUUUAGCAGCAUAUGUGAAGCUGUAUCUUGAUGACAACAGUCUGAAAUGGAAUACAUUCACUCUGUUAAUCUACAUCUGGGAUUCUGUACUCAAGCUCUGGGACUGCUUGACACAGAAACCAGGACUGAGAGAUAUUAAUUUGAAUGACUUUGCCUGA